AGAAAAAUGACUUUUCUUAAGGCAGCAAUUGUUGUUGCCCUGAUAUUCACUUUCCUCCUCUCACUCGCUUCUUCUGUUCCUUUCAUAGUUCUGCAUGGAAUUGGGGAUAAAUGCAGUAAUGCAGGAGUAAAACAUUUCACAGAGCUUUUAAGUGAUUGGUCUGGUUCUCAAGGAUAUUGCUUGGAGAUUGGGAAUGGCUCAUGGGAUUCAUGGACCAUGCCUCUCCUUGAUCAGACAGCGGUUGUUUGUGAGAAGGUGAAGAGUAUGCCUGAGCUCAGUGACGGUUACAGCAUUGUAGGGCUUUCUCAGGGUAACAUGAUCGGUCGAGCUCUCAUCGAGUUUUGCGAUGCAGCGCCACCUGUUAAGAAUUUCGUAUCGGUAGCGGGUCCUCAUGCUGGCACUGCAUCGAUUCCUUUCUGUGGCGCUACCUGGAUUUGCAUCAUGUUGGACGGUAUGAUCAAAGCAGAGAUCUAUGGCGACUAUAUGCAGGAACAUUUGGCUCCUAGCGGUUUUCUCAAAAUCCCAACUGACAUUGCUGGUUACAUGGAAGGAUGUAGGUUUCUGCCAAAGCUAAACAAUGAGCUUCCGGUUAAAAACUUGACUUAUAAAGAGAGGUUCUCAAGCUUGGAGAAUCUUGUGCUUAUUAUGUUUGAGCACGAUACAAUACUGAUACCUAAAGAGACCUCAUGGUUCGGAUAUUAUCCUGAUGGGUCAUUUAAGGCCAUUCUCCCGCCGCAAGAGACCAAGCUCUAUACCGAGGACUGGAUCGGUUUGAGGACUUUAGACGAAGCGGGAAAAGUGAAGUUCGUGAACGUCUCUGGAAAUCAUCUUCAGAUAUCUCAUGCAGACAUGAAGAAGCAUAUAGUGCCAUACCUCUGUGACAAAGCAUCAUCAUCAUCCAUAACAGUGGCUUCUUCUUCACACCGGUGGCUUCCAAGUGUAGGGAACACGAUUAUGGAUCUGAUUGGUCCGGAAGUGGAUCAGCUUCAGGUUUUGCUGCGUCAUGUCUGA